UCAGCCUAUAAUUGUAUUUGUUCUUUUUCUCUUUUCUUCCUUCAUUUUUCCCCUUCUUUGUUUCUCCCUUUUCUUCUAUUUUCUUGUGUUAGCAGCAUACACCUAUACUUUGUAAAUAACCAAACACAUAUUUGAGAGUAUAUGCUCAAAAAAUAUCUUGCUGAGGGGGUACAGGCUCAGAAAAGACUGGAGAUUGCUGGUUUACAAUGCAAUAUAGCUAUUGAAAUGUGAACUCCUUGAGGGCAGGAACCCUUUUUUGUUAUUUCUCUGUCUUUGUAUCUUAACAAAGUGCUUGGAUUGUAGUAUUUAAUUAGUGUUUGUUGAACAAUAGCGGUAAAGACUAGAUGGAAUUCUUUGGGACCAAGUACAUUUUAAUAGAGCUCUUACACAUUCAUAUGCUUAUAUACACUUCCCUUAUGAAUACACACCAACAUUCAAACUCCUCAGAUAGAGAUCGGUAUAUUACAGAAUGUGGAAAGUUUUGAGUUUUAUCUGGAUUUGAGACACAGGAGGGAGGAAGGCAUUUUGGGGGGAAAGAAAUUCUGUAACUAUUCUAACAUGAAUCAGUUGUAAUUGGCUUUUGCAGUUGUAUGACAGUGGGACCUCAUUAGUUUUUGUCUUCCUCCUGCUGCAGCUAAUUUAUCUUCCUCCCUAGGCAGGCAGCUGAAGGAGGAGGGAAAGUGUAGACAAUAAAUGUUUGAUGAUAGGGCAACUCCUCAGAGUUCUCCCGAGAGAACUCUGACCAUGUCAGUGUGUCAGCUCAUGGGAAGGAAAAUAAGCCUCAUUCUUGACGAUAGAGCCAGCAUGGGACACAAGCGGGUAAGGAUUGCUGGAACUAUCCCACAGGACCAGGAAAGAUGAGUUUCGCCUUCAUAAAAGGGCCUAUUCCCACCCCAGAAGCUAGGUUGUCAUAAGGGCAAAAUGGGGCCUAGCAACUCAGGCUGAAACAUGGGGGGGGGGGGUUAAAAAUGCCAGCUCCAGGGUUCUAAGAGGUGACGCCUCCUGGACUCUGGAGGAAGCCUUCGUUGAUCCUUCCUCUGUCGCCUUGGUCAGCCUCUUGCCCAUGGAGAGGAGAAAGUAUCAGAUGGGCGGGUUUAAACGUUUGCGGUGGAAAUCCCGAGGCCGCCUGCUCCUCCCUGUGAGUGUGUGUGUCUGCUUGUCUCUGCACUGAAGCAGCAGCAGCGGCGGUGGUGGCUGAGGCAGCAGCAGUGGCAGCAGCAGCAGCAGCGGCCGGAUUGGACUAGAACAUCAGUGCGGUGAUAGUGGAAGCUGCCCUGUGCUCUCUUGGAGGCCCCUACGCCCCGUCCCAGGCCGCCCCCAGACUCCCAGUGCUGCCAUGCUUGAGUCCUAGCCCCUACCUCGGGUCUCCCUUCCCCCCAGCUUCCCUUUGGCUCUUUGCUUUCGUGGGGGGCAGCGGCGAGGGCCGUGUGUGUGAGCUGGGGUGGCCGCCGCUGCCUCCCACCUCGCAGCCCCCUGCCCUCUCCCUGGGCCCUCCUCCUCCUCCUUCACCACCUCUUCCAUCUCCACCUCCACCUUCUCCCUCAGCAACCUCCGUGUCCGUCGCCGUUUCUUCAAUGGGCAAUUUGCUAAGCGGGACCAGCUUCAAGGAGCCCACCACUGUGGAGGAUUGCGACUCCACCUGGCAGACGGACUCCGAACCCGAGCCGGACGAGGAGGAGGACGGCCGAGAGAGCAGCGGCCCCGGCAGCCGCGAGGGCCCGGGGCACGAUCCCGAACAACCCUCGGGGCCACCUACUAGGGCCAGCCAGUGGUCAGAAGACUCUUCCGCUGUACCUGAUCGAGACGCGGACGCCGGCGGUAGCAAGGAGCAGAAUGAUGAUUCCACUGAGUCGGCUGCCAAACCAAAGAGAAGCUUUUAUGCUGCAAGAGAUUUGUACAAAUACAGACAUCAAUAUCCACAGAACUUUAAAGAUCUCCGAUAUCAAAAUGACUUAAGUAACCUCCGUUUUUAUAAGAAUAAAAUUCCUUUUAAACCAGAUGGUGUUUACAUUGAAGAAGUCCUAAAUAAAUGGAAAGGAGAUUAUGAAAAACUGGAGCAUAACCACACUUAUAUUCAAUGGCUUUUUCCAUUGAGAGAACAAGGUUUGAACUUUUAUGCUAAAGAGCUAACCACAUAUGAAAUUGAGGAAUUCAAAAAAACAAAAGAAGCAACUAGAAGGUUCUUCUUGGCUUAUAAAAUGAUGUUAGAAUUUUUUGGAAUGAAGCUCACUGAUAAAACUGGAAAUGUGGCUCGGGCUACUAAUUGGCAGGAACGGUUUCAGCAUCUGAAUGAGUCUCAGCACAACUACUUAAGAAUUACCCGGAUUUUAAAAAGCCUUGGUGAGCUCGGAUAUGAACAUUUUAAAUCCCCUCUUGUAAAAUUUAUUCUUCAAGAAGCUCUUGUAGAGAACACUCUUCCAAAUAUCAAGCAGAGUGCUUUGGAAUAUUUUGUAUAUACUAUUAGAGACAGAAGAGAAAGAAGGAAGCUCCUUCGGUUUGCUCAACAUCAUUAUACCCCUCCAGAUCAUUUUAUUUGGGGCCCUGCUAAAAAACAAAAGCCUGAAGGAAGCAAAGCAGCAAAGACCCCUACAUCUCCUGUCUCUGGCCACAAUAUUCAAUCUUCUAUGCACAAAAAAUCCAAGGAAUCUAAGAAUAACUCCACAGCUGUUCAUUUAAGUAGCAAAGCAGCUGAAGAAAAUAAGGGAGAAUUGAAAGAAAAUGAAGAAAAUGCAGAUAGGCCUGGAAUGGAGGCUGGUAAUGAAGUUGCUAAGCUGAGAAAUAGUGAAAAGGACAGCAAUGCUGAAAAUCCAAAUUGUAAGCCAGAAAAAACUAUUAAUAAUCUCUUAGAUAAAAAAGAGACUUCUGCUUCUCUUGAAAAAGGUGAGGACAGUGAAUGUCAGAGCCCAGAUUGUGAAAAUUCAGGAGUUACAAGAAAAAGCUCCUCUGAUGAAAAUAAGAACUGUUCUAGUAACUGUUCUGAAAAUACGCAAAUCAGUUUAGGUAAGGAAAAAACUAUUGUAGAGCCCAUCCCAAAGAAUAAAGAGGAGAUAAAAUCCUAAAAUUGGGA